AUGACCAGAGACUGCGGACACAGUACAGGAGAUGACCAGAGACUGCAGACCUUUGGGGAGCAGAGGAGGGGGGGAACAGGUACCAGAAUUUGACAGGUACCCGCUCCCACUUCCACAGAGUUGUCUUUCCUCCCCGUCUUCUGGGACACGUGACAGGUCCCAGAAGACUGCCAGACCAUUUACAAAGCACAGCCCUUCUUGCGCAUGCACAGUGGGCACCCAGCUGUGAAGCCGCAAGCUGUCAUAGCCAUGUGCCCUAAAGAUGCUGGUGCCGGGGAGAGGAGAUGAUGAGGACAGCGCUGGACUGAGGAACAGGUAG